AUGGAGUCCAAAGUGUCAGAAGGGGGUUUAAAUGUCACAUUGACAAUUCGUCUUCUAAUGCAUGGAAAGGAAGUUGGAAGCAUAAUUGGAAAAAAAGGAGAAACUGUGAAGAAAAUGAGGGAAGAGAGUGGAGCUCGAAUUAACAUUUCGGAAGGGAACUGUCCAGAAAGGAUUGUUACAAUAACUGGACCAACAGAUGCUAUAUUCAAGGCCUUUGCCAUGAUUGCUUAUAAAUUCGAAGAGGAUAUCAUAAAUUCAAUGAGUAACAGCACUGCAACCAGCAAACCACCAGUCACUUUAAGGCUUGUGGUACCAGCAAGCCAGUGUGGUUCCUUGAUUGGAAAAGGUGGCUCCAAGAUCAAAGAGAUCAGAGAGUCUACAGGUGCUCAAGUGCAGGUAGCAGGAGAUAUGCUGCCAAACUCCACAGAGAGGGCAGUAACCAUUUCGGGUACCCCUGAUGCCAUCAUCCAGUGUGUGAAGCAGAUAUGUGUGGUGAUGCUGGAGUCCCCACCGAAAGGUGCCACAAUCCCUUACCGUCCAAAACCCGCCUCCGCCCCUGUCAUUUUUGCAGGUGGUCAGGUAAGAGCGGACCCGCUGGGUGCCUCCACUGCCAACCUCAGCCUAUUGCUGCAGCACCAGCCUCUGCCCGCCUAUUCCAUCCAAGGACAAUACGCAAUCCCUCACCCUGAUUUGACCAAGCUCCACCAGUUGGCCAUGCAGCAAACCCCCUUUACUCCCCUCGGACAGACCACCCCUGCUUUCCCUGGAGAAAAGCUGCCCUUACAUUCCUCUGAAGAAGCUCAAAACUUGAUGGGACAGCCUACAGGUAUGGAUGCCAGUCCCCAGGCCAGUACUCAUGAACUCACCAUACCAAAUGAUCUAAUAGGUUGCAUCAUCGGACGCCAAGGGACCAAAAUCAAUGAAAUUCGACAGAUGUCUGGAGCACAAAUCAAAAUUGCCAGCGCCAUGGAGGGGUCAGCAGAGCGCCAAAUCACCAUCACUGGAAGCCCAGCAAACAUCAGCCUCGCUCAGUACCUCAUUAACGCCAGGCUGACGUCUGAGGUUACUGGGAUGGGCACUCUGUAAUUUCCUCAUAUUUUGACCCUUCUGGCUACUGCCAAUGAUUACCCUCAAGAAUUUGGACUCUGACUGCAGACCAGGAUUUGCCAA